CCCCGCGCAGGCUCACUUCCGCCCGGCAGGUGACAGCCACGGUUCUCGGAGUGCGGCCGGCGUCGGAGAGGGCGGACGGACAGACCCGAGAGGCCGGCGGAGCAGGCGCGGGCUCGAGACCGCGGACGUCGUGCAGCCCAGCCGAGAGCCACCCGUCUGCCACCAGUCAAGGGACCAAAAUGACUGACUCCAAGUAUUUCACCACUACCAAGAAAGGGGAGAUCUUUGAGCUGAAGGCAGAGCUCAAUAGCGACAAGAAGGAGAAGAAGAAGGAGGCUGUGAAGAAAGUGAUUGCGUCCAUGACCGUGGGCAAAGAUGUCAGUGCCCUCUUCCCCGACGUGGUCAACUGCAUGCAGACCGACAACCUCGAGCUGAAGAAGCUGGUGUACCUGUACCUGAUGAAUUAUGCCAAAAGCCAGCCGGACAUGGCCAUCAUGGCGGUCAACACCUUUGUGAAGGAUUGUGAGGAUCCCAACCCCCUGAUCCGGGCCCUGGCCGUGCGGACCAUGGGCUGCAUUCGAGUGGAUAAGAUUACCGAGUACCUGUGUGAGCCUCUCCGCAAGUGCCUGAAGGACGAGGAUCCUUAUGUACGUAAGACGGCCGCUGUGUGCGUGGCCAAGCUGCAUGACAUCAAUGCCCAGCUGGUGGAGGACCAGGGCUUCCUGGACACCCUCAAGGACCUCAUCUCAGACUCCAACCCCAUGGUGGUGGCCAACGCUGUGGCUGCCCUCUCGGAGAUAGCCGAGUCUCACCCAAGCAGCAACCUCUUGGACCUGAACCCACAGUCGAUCAACAAGCUGUUGACGGCCCUGAAUGAGUGCACAGAGUGGGGCCAGAUCUUCAUCUUGGACUGCCUGGCCAACUACAUGCCCAAGGAUGACCGGGAAGCCCAGAGCAUCUGCGAGCGUGUGACCCCCCGGCUCUCUCACGCCAACUCAGCGGUGGUGCUGUCAGCGGUGAAGGUGCUGAUGAAAUUCAUGGAGAUGCUUUCAAAGGACCUGGACUACUACAGCACGCUCCUGAAAAAGCUGGCGCCUCCCCUGGUCACCCUGCUGUCGGCCGAGCCGGAGCUGCAGUACGUGGCCCUUCGCAACAUCAACCUCAUCGUGCAGAAAAGGCCUGAGAUCUUGAAACAUGAGAUGAAGGUCUUUUUCGUCAAGUACAACGAUCCCAUCUAUGUGAAGCUAGAAAAACUGGACAUCAUGAUCCGCCUGGCCUCCCAAGCCAACAUUGCCCAGGUCAGUGCUGGCGAACUGAAGGAGUAUGCCACAGAAGUGGAUGUGGACUUUGUGCGCAAGGCCGUCCGUGCCAUUGGCCGCUGCGCCAUCAAGGUGGAGCAAUCUGCGGAGCGCUGUGUGAGUACCCUGCUGGACCUGAUCCAGACCAAGGUCAACUAUGUGGUGCAGGAGGCCAUCGUGGUGAUCAAAGACAUCUUCCGCAAGUACCCCCCAACAAGUAGGUACGAGAGCGUGAUUGCCACCCUGUGUGAGAACCUGGACUCCUUGGAUGAGCCAGAGGCGCGGGCGGCCAUGAUCUGGAUCGUGGGCGAGUAUGCUGAGCGCAUCGACAAUGCUGAUGAGCUCCUGGAGAGCUUCCUGGAAGGCUUCCAUGAUGAGAGCACCCAGGUCCAGCUGCAGCUGCUGACAGCGAUUGUGAAGCUCUUCCUGAAGAAGCCAACAGAGACCCAGGAGCUGGUGCAGCAGGUCCUCAGCCUGGCCACCCAGGACUCAGAUAACCCUGAUCUGCGGGACCGCGGCUACAUCUAUUGGCGCCUGCUCUCCACAGACCCCGUGGCGGCCAAGGAGGUGGUCCUGGCCGAGAAGCCGCUGAUCUCAGAGGAGACCGACCUCAUCGAGCCCACGCUCCUCGACGAGCUCAUCUGCUACAUUGGCACAUUAGCCUCGGUCUACCACAAGCCCCCCAGUGCCUUUGUGGAGGGCAGUCGGGGGGUGGUGCACAAGAGCCUGCCCCCACGCACGGGCUCGAGCGAGAGUGCCGAGAGCCCUGAGGCUGCCCCGACAGGCGCACCCCCUGGGGAGCAGCCGGCUGUCAUCCCUGCCCAAGGCGACCUCCUCGGGGACCUGCUUAACCUGGACCUGGGCCCCCCGGUCACCGGGCCCCCGCUGAGCACAGCCCCUGUCCAGAUGGGGGCCGUGGACCUGCUGGGAGGAGGCCUGGACAGCCUGAUGGGCGACGAGGCUGAAGGGCCUAGAGGUGAUGUGAGUGGCAGCCCUGCAAUGGGCGGCACGAACUUUGCUGCCCCUCCCGCAGGGACGAUGCCAGCCAACCUGGGUGGCCCCAUUGGCGGGGGCUUGGGUGACCUCUUUGACUUAACCAGUGGAGUGGGAUCGCUGUCAGGCUCCUAUGUAGCCCCGAAAGCAGUCUGGCUGCCUGCCAUGAAAGCCAAAGGCCUUGAGAUCUCAGGGACUUUCACCCGCCAGGUGGGCUCCAUUUCCAUGGACCUCUUGCUGACCAACAAGGCCCUGCAGGUCAUGUCUGAUUUUGCCAUCCAGUUUAACCGCAACAGCUUCGGCCUGGCCCCUGCGGCCCCCCUCCAAGUCCACGCCCCUCUCAGUCCCAACCAGACGGUGGAGAUCUCCCUCCCUCUGAAUACUGUGGGCUCUGUCAUGAAGAUGGACCCUCUAAACAACCUCCAGGUGGCUGUAAAGAACAACAUUGAUGUGUUUUACUUCAGUACCUUGUAUCCGCUGCACAUCCUCUUUGUGGAAGAUGGCAAGAUGGAGCGGCAGACGUUCCUGGCCACGUGGAAAGACAUUCCCAAUGAGAAUGAGGCCCAGUUCCAGAUCAAAGACUGCCCUCUUAAUGCAGAGGCUGUGAGCAGCAAACUGCAGGCCAGUAACAUCUUCACCAUCGCCAAGAGGAAUGUGGAGGGCCAGGACAUGCUAUACCAGUCCUUGAAGCUCACCAACAGCAUCUGGGUCCUGGCCGAGCUGCGCGUCCAGCCUGGCAACCCCAACCUCACGCUGUCCCUGAAGUGCCGAGCCCCGGAGGUAUCUCAGCAUGUCUACCAGGCCUACGAAACCAUCCUCAAGAAUUGAUGCUCUCCUCCCUUCCCCCUGUCCCUCCCGCCCCUCCUCCCCCAGGGAGAGGGGAGAGGAGAUGACUCCCUGCUGUUUCUUCAGCUGCAGGGGGCCCAGGGACACUGAGUCUGCUUAGGCCUCAGGCUUUCCGGGGAAGGAGGAGAUGCACAGUGAGGGGGGGGUGUCUGUGACGUGGGAUUGUGCCCCCUGCCACUGCAGAGAUUUAAUAGGGGAAUGAAAGUGGGGGAGCUGAGGUCGGGAAGGUCGGGGCCAGCGUCUCGCCCUCCCAACUCAGGCCUGAGCGUGUCAUUGAUCAGACCCCAGAUGGACCCCGGGAAGACCCUUUGUCUCUUGGGCUUUUUCUUGACUCUAUCAGAACCGGUGUCCUGCCACGUCUUCCCUCGCGGUGGUAUUAGCCUCCAGCUAGAUGGGUGUUCUGUUGUUAGGAAGGUGCUCCUCCAGCCCCCAGGCACCUGCUUCCCUAGGGGGAGUGGGGAGGUGGGGGCAGGAGAGAGGGCCCUCUCUCAAUGCAAGAUGGCAGUCCCAUAGCGUUUCCUCCUUCCCCAUGUUUGCUUUGGCUGAAACCUCCCACAGUUCAUCGGAUUGGGUCUCAAAGGGUCCCCAAGAGGCCCUAGAAGCCGGCCCUUGGACCAAGGCUUGUCCCAUCCUCCUCCUCCCCUGCUUUCCUCAAAUCCCACAUCGGGUGCUCAUGGGAUUGGAAAUCCUCCCCCCACCAGAAGCUGCAGCAGCUGUCACCUGAGCCCUUCUUGGGGGGCAUCCCUCUGCAGGAGGAGCCCCGCCUGGCCAGCUCCUGCCAAGCCAGGCCCCAGGAAGCUUCACCUGGAAGACCCACCCAGCCCCGCAGGGCUCCUGCUCCACCAGCUGGGCCUGGGGCUUGGCUUGUGUGUGUCUGGGGGUGGGGGGUGGUUGUGUCUGCUGCCACCAUCCCCUGGGGUCGUGAGACUUGGCCAGUGGCUCCUGCUGGAGCUGGGGUGUUUUUCCUGCUGUUUGUUAAUAAAGAUUUAUUGCUUUGGGCAACCCGUGACACUAAGUUUUUUCUCCCCUGUCCUUCCCCUCUCCUCCCAAUAAAGACAGAGUUCAAAUAAAUUCUACCAGAAGGGUUGGUGGAAGUCUCCAGCCCUUGCAGUAAAUAUAUCUAAUAUAUAUAAAUAAGAGGUAUAUAUAUUGUAUGUUUACUCAUGUUUUCAGAAAGAGAGAAACAAUAAAAGUGACAUCUUCCAUCACCA